CUUGUCAAGGAAGCCCCUGCUUUGGAAGCUCCACCGGAAGAGGCUGCUGAAGCCCCUGCUGAAGAAGUGCCUGCUGAAACUGCAGCUGAGGACGUCCCGGCUGAAGCUGCACCAGCCGAGGAAACUCCAGAAGAAGUUCCAGCGACGGAGGCCACCGGCGACAGUGCUGUUGUUGAUUCGAUUCAGGAUAGUUCAGAAAACCAGACAACCUUACCUGAGAGUUCGCGAAGAAGAAGGCGACGUACUUCUGGUUGGACACGUGAGCGGCGCCUCUCGAAGAGCUCAUCGGAGAGCCAUCAUGGCUAUUUGGAGCGUCCCAAGAACGAACGAGGACUGUUCAAGAAUCGGUGGGCUAUGGCCCUUGAAGAGGCCCGACGACAACAGGAAGCAAAGCAACGACGAGAGGCCAAGCUCAAGCUGGAACGAAGUAAGCUGGAGCAGCAAAGGAGAGACGAGGAAGCGUCUAGAGAGAGACGUUCAACCGAGAAAGCAAAGCAUUCUCGGAGGCGAGAUGUGAUCUCUGAUGAGAAAUCAAGACGUCAGUCUUCGGAGUAUUCCUCGAGCCACGACCGAAGGAGAAGGCGAGAUUCUUCCCCGAAACCAUCUUCAGACCUUACUAGCUGGCAUCGAAAUCUGGUCAAGUAUAUGACCACGGGGGAAUCCGACGCGAAUGGCCCAUUUAUUCGGGUAAAUACCCCCGAGAAACCAAAGCGGUCUUCCACGAGUCACUCGCAUUCGCAUUCCCAUCAUAGUCGUCAUUCUCGCGAAGAAAGAGACUCUAGCCGGUCGGCAUAUGAACGAGAAGAGAGUUUUGGACGAGAACAACGAAGAGAUCGGAGAAGACACGACGAUGAGAGACGAAGAGCGAGGGACAGCUAUGAUGAGAGCGCUGCGGAGACUCGGCCACGUCACCACAGGCGGAAACAGGAGGAAGAAGCGCCACCUCCGCAGUCUCGUUUUAAGGCAUUUCUCAAGGCCGCCAUUCCUGUUCACUAG